GGAUUUCAAUUCCCAGUUCACACUGGCUAGGGAAAGUCAACACGGUAGAAUGGAAAUGGCCAAACUGGAAGAAGGAAAAAGAAUUCCGCGCCCUCCACCGCAGUCCUGCUCUACAGUGACAGACCAAUCAAAAUUAAGAACCUGCUGCCGCGGUCAACCUACUUCACCCCUCUUCCACAUUGACGACGCCACUGGCUACGCCCUCAUCAUCUGAUCUGAAUGUACAAAUACUCCACGCGUGACGGUAGCCUUUUGGAAGGAAAAUUUGGGAAAUAAAAGUCCCUCAAAGGGCCAGGCCAAACGCUCCCUUAAACCCAAAUUCUUUUUCUCCUUCUGAGUCUGCAGUACGCACACCCACCCACCAACUCUGCGAUUUCUCCUGAUUCCGUUCUUAUCAGUUGUAGGAAAAUUAUAGGAGGGGGCUGAGAGAAGGGCAAGGUACAGAUGGCUAAUAAUGCAGCGGCAUGUGUUGAGCGAGCAACGAGUGAUAUGCUGAUUGGUCCGGACUGGGCAAUUAACAUUGAGUUAUGCGAUAUUAUCAACAUGGAACCUGGGCAAGCAAAAGAUGCACUGAAAAUAUUGAAGAAGCGUCUGGGGAAUAAAAAUCCUAAAAUACAACUUCUUGCUCUUUUUGUAUUGGAGACUCUCAGCAAAAAUUGUGGGGAGAAUGUAUUUCAGCAGAUUGUUGAACGUGAUGUUUUGCAUGAAAUGGUCAAAAUAGUGAAAAAGAAGCCAGAUUUGAAUGUAAGGGAAAAGAUACUAAUUCUGAUAGAUACAUGGCAAGAAGCUUUUGGGGGGGCGGGUGGAAGGUAUCCUCAGUACUAUGCUGCAUAUAAUGAACUGAAGUCUGCUGGAGUAGAAUUUCCUCCCCGAACAGAGAACAGCGUCCUAUUGUUCACUCCACCCCAAAGCCAUCCGAUAGUUCCCCCAGCUUCAGCAUUUGAGGAUUCCACUGUUCAGGCCUCUCUUCAAUCUGAUGCUUCUGGCCUCAGUUUGGCAGAGAUUCAAAAUGCUCGGGGAAUAGCUGAUGUCUUGAUGGAAAUUCUUGGUGCCUUGGAUCCUCAGAAUCCUGAGGGUGUAAAGCAAGAAGUGAUUGUUGACCUUGUUGACCAAUGCCGCUCUUAUCAAAAACGUGUCAUGCUUCUUGUGAAUGAUACCGUAGAUGAGGAACUUCUUUGUCAAGGAUUAGCAUUGAAUGAUAAUUUACAACGUGUGCUUUGCCGACAUGAUGAUAUAGCAAAAGGAACCACCACUGUAGUAGGAAUGCCCAAAACAUCAGUUGCACCACUUGUGAAUGUGAACCACGAGGAUGAUGAAUCAGAAGAUGAUUUUGCUCAAUUAGCUCACAGGUCAUCGAGAGAUAAUUUGCAGGGACAGGGGAGGAGAUAUACAAAUACCAAUGCUGAACCCGCACGGAUUAGCCCUCUUCUUCCUCCUCCACCCUCAUCAAGAAAACCAACUACUGCAGAAGCUGGCAUGAUUGACUAUCUCAGUGGGGAUGUCUACAAAUCUGAGAGAUCUCCCGAAACUUCAGAAUCCACACGGUUCACAUCCCCAGUUCACUCUACCACUACAAACUCAACCUCACCAUUGACUCCGACACUCUCUUCGUCCCCUCCCUCCCGUGCUACAAAUUCCACCACACCACCAAUGUUCUCUAGGCAGCCAUUCUAUGAUGAACCUGCACCAAUGACCAAAUCUGCAGAGCAGCUCCCUCCAGCUCCGUGGGAUGCUCAUGCUCCUACCAGCCUCCCACCCCCACCUUCUAAGUAUAACCAGAGGCAACAGUUCUUUGAGCAACAAGCUUUUUCUGGUGGCGCUUCUCAUUCAUCUAAUUCCAGUGCUGGUUCAGGUUCUUCUUACGACAGCUUAGUAGGGCAGACUCAGAAUCUCUCUCUUAAUUCAUCAACCCCAACCAAACAAGAAAAAUCAGAGGAUGCCCUCUUCAAAGAUCUGGUUGAUUUCGCGAAAGCCAAGUCUUCUACAUCAUCCAAACCUAAUAGGUCACUCUAAGUGGUCUGAAGUUACUCGUACAGCUUAUGAAUGUAAUUAGUUCAUUAUUUUGUUUCCCUUCCCUCUUGGUUUUUGUUGAUGAUUAGACCUAUUUCUCUGAAUAAGUAUGGAUGGGAACUUGGGUAAUGGUUUGCCAAUCUUGUUUAGUCAAUGUAUUGUGAUUUGGACCCUCUGGGCUUGCCAUUCAUCCAAAGUAUUCGCUUGGAGGAAAUGAGCAGCAUAUUAUGAGUUUGUGGAUAUAUUAUAGGAGUGGUUAGAAACUCUUUCCUUUGGUUGGGCAAGUUAAUGGAUGAAUUAUUUCAUUAAA